AUGGAUUUCUUAUCAUUUAUUAAUCGUUAUUAUCUUCUACUUAAAAUACAUUAUUUUCUUUUCUAUUCUGCUUAUGGUGCAAUAAUUCCAAUUUUAAAUUUAACACUUCGUGCACAUGGUCUUUCAAAUACAGAAAUUUCUUAUUCAAAUAUAAUUCUUCCAUUUUUAAUCUUUCUUACAAGUCCUUUAAUAGGUUUUAUUGCUGAUCAUUCACGUCGUUUUAUUUUAACAUUUAAUAUUAUUUUAAGUCUUAUUAUUCUUUUAUUUUUAAUUAUGUUUUCCUUACCAAGUAUUAAAUCUCAUCAUAUACAAGCUAAUAUAUAUUAUGAUAAUCAAUAUGGUUAUGUAUUAAAUUUUUGUGCUAGUCAAGAAGUAGCAACAAAAUGUGCAACAAGAUCUGAAUGUGGAUGUUCAUAUCAAGCAUGUUGUAAAAAUGAAAAUUUAACAUUUAAUUCAACAUUUACUAUGAAUUCAAAUGCAAUAGAAAAACAUUUCAAAGAUCAUGAUAAUUCUAUAUGUGAAAUUGAUUAUCAAGUACCAAUUGAUGAAAUAUUUAUUAAAACUUUAAGAGAGGAUAAAUUAUUUCAAGCAAAAUGUGAAAUAAUUUGUUCUAUUCCAUAUUUUUGUCAUGGUGUACGAUAUCAACAACAAGUCAUUUAUGUUCUUCUUUAUUCACUUAUAUAUAUUAUUGGUUCAACACUUCUUUCAAAUGCAAAUGCUAUUGGUAUAUCAAUUGGUUUUUCUGUUGUUAUACAUUCAGAUUUAAUUGGUAAACAACGUGUUUGGGGUACCAUUGGUUUUGGUACCAUAGCUUUUUUUAGUAGUCGUCUUUAUAGUGUAUUUAAAAGUGAAUAUGUCUAUAUUUGUAUGUUUAUAAUAAUAGCUAUUCUUACGAUUAUUGUUACAAGUUUUAUUUCUUUAAAAAAGAAUGAAGAUUCAAUGAAAAGAAAUAAACGAACAUUUAAUUUAUUAGCACUUAUUUCAUUACUUAGAGAUUUUGAUAUAUUUAUAUUUCUUUCGAUUACAUUAGUUUGGGGAAUGUGUUAUGGUUGUAUGUAUCCUUUUGUUUAUUUAUAUAUUGAUGAAAUAGCACCAUGUCAAUCACGUUCUAUUAUUGGUUGGAUGUCAUUAGUAGCAGCAUUAUCUGAAGUUUUUGCUCUUUAUAUUGCUAGACGAAUGCUUAAGUUCUUUGGUACAAAUUUAUCAUCAAUAAUUAUCUUUUUAGCAUUUUCUAUUCGAUUUGGUGGAUAUUAUUUUAUACAACAACCUUAUUUUUUUAUAUUGAUGGAAACAAUGCAUUUUUUUAAUUUUGGUAUUCUCUAUGUUUUAAUUGCACAAAAAGCUGAUUCAAUUGCACCAUCUGGUCUUUCUGGUACACUUCAAGGCAUUGCUCAUGGUAUCUCACAUGGUUUAGGUACGUUAGAUUUAUUCUACUUAUUGUUAAAUAUUAAAGAAAAUCUAAAGAUACAGGAUGUCCCAUAA